AUGCCAUCAGACACCCUCCACAUUGGCGUCUUGCUCCUGCCGGACUCUCAACUACUUGAUGUAGCCCCAGUGGACCUUCUGUUCAUGCUAAACCCAGAUUAUCUGGCCUCCCUGGGACUUCCCAAACCCAUCGUCGACCUCGGUCAACCGUGCAAGAUCUCCUAUAUUGGCCUUGACGAGGCAAACAAGCCGAUGAACCUGACGUCGUUUAUAAGUGUCUCAGUAACACACACUAUUUCUGAUUCAGAGGUGGGCGUGGGCAGCCUCGAUAUCAUACUCAUCCCCGGUCCCCCUCCAAGCACCAUGCCGCCAGCCCAGGAAUGGAUCACGUUUAUCCAGGCGCACAAUGCCGCAGGCACCACCAUCUUAUCCAUCUGCACCGGAGCACUGGUGGUUGCCCAUGCAGGUAUUGCAGCCGGAAAGUUGGCGACGGCACCCCGAUUCCUGGUCCCGAGGCUCAAGAAGGAAUUUCCCGAAGCAAAACUCUGGGACGACAUGGCGCGCGUGACAUGCGACGGGAAUCUAUGGAUGAGCGCCGGAAUAACUAACGGCCACGACCUCGUCGCCGCCUACCUGCGCCAGAAUUACCCAGCGCCAGUCGUCAAUGCCAUCCUCGCAAUAGCGGACAUUGCACCCCGUCCUGUGAAAUUUGCCAGCAAACCCAUGACCGACAAUGCCUGGAUGCUCCUCCAAGUGAUCACGGCCAUUCCAUACAGACUCAUUCGAUUCUUGAAGGGUGGCUAA